AUGGGUAGGGUUAAAGUGCAGCUGAAAAAAAUAGAGCACAAAACUUAUCGGCAUAUAACUUUUGCCAAAAGGAAAGCUGGGCUUAUCAAGAAAGCUUAUGAACUUUCGACCCUUUGUGAUGUAGAGGUUGCUCUCAUUAUAUUUUCCCCAGCUGGAAAACUCUUCCUUUUUGAUGGAAAGAAAAGGGUAGAAGAAAUUCUUGCUCAUCACGUUGAACUCCCUGUUCAUCGACGUGGAUGGGUGCCAAAUCAAGAGUUGAUCCGGCGACUUAUUACUCAGAUGAGCAUUGAGGCUGGUUUUGGCAAUCACCCCUCCAAGUCCUCUAGGACCAACAAUAUGGGCAUUGAUUCUCGGUUGCAGGAAAUCCAAAAAGAAAUAGUUAUAUGCAGUACUCAACUGGAAGAUGUAGAGAAGCAGCUACACUGUUUUUUGAGAAAUCCUAGUUGUCUUAAAUCAACGAGCGAGCUUCAAUACCAUGAGAUGAUCCUGGAACAAACCUUGGAACUUGUCCACUUCCGCAAGCGAUUUUUGGAAGCAAAUUGUAGUGUUCAACCAACGUCAAAGGGGUUUGGAGAUACCAUUAGGCCCCAAUUAAUCAGUUGCAGAGAGAAGGCAAGCUCCGGGGGUUCCAUAUCGCAGGGUUUAAACUACAACUUGAGCUGGCAAUCACAGAAGGAUCACCACGCUCCAACGGAUCAAUCAAAUGGGCUUCAGCCAUCAAGAAAUUUACCAGAAUCCUUGGUUGAAAAGGCCCAAUCUCCAAUGACAUAUCUUCAAGGGCACCGAUACCUUGCCCGAAAUGAAGUGAGCAGCAAACCUGAGGUAGAUGGCUAUAUGCACCGUCGGGCGUCUGGAAUUGUCAAUGCAAAUUUCCCUCCCAGGAUGGACAUCAUGCAACCGGCAAGGGCAACAAGCAACCCAACGCAACGGGAAGCGGGGACUUCUAUGAGGACUUUCUGCGGAAAUAGUUCAAAGCUUGACUCCGAUGCAUGGUUUUCUCCAUUGAUGCCAAAAGAAUGUCAAGCACAAGGGGGGACAACUCGAUCUUUUUGGUGA